CACCAGGUGGCCGUGUUGGAGUACGAAGGGUUGAACACAACUGUGGAUGAUUAUCCUGAGGGAGUCGUCGAUUAUGAUGCCUCGCAUCGCGAUGGAACCCAAAUAAAUGCUUUGAAUCGUGGUAUUGAAAGCAAUUCGACCUACAUCAGUAUGCCCCAGCUGGAGUCAUUGGAAAAAUGGGACACUUCUUUAAAGUCAAAACCUGAUCUUCAGUAUUAUAUUGCUUACGAUUUUUAUGAGCUGGACAAUUCUCACUUUCAUAAAGCACCAUACUACGGAUUUAAUAACAUAAGUGAUAUAAAUCUGGCCCUGCUCACACCCCAGUUCAACCACAUCUCCAUGAAGACGCCUUCAUUUCCGCUUCUUCCCCAAAGAAAUGAAAUAACUAAGGACAUGUUCUGUAAUAAAGAUACCGUCAAGGACAAAAACUGCGUCGAAAAUUACUGCGAGUGCCCUCACGGUAUACACGUGCCUCUGGACGCCGUCGUCGAGCUGGUCUUCGUCGACGAGGGCUUCGCCUACGACGCCAACCACCCCUUGCACAUCCAUGGCCACAAUUUCAGGAUAGUCGCCAUGGAGCGGCUAGGCGAGAACGUCACCGUGGAGGAGGUACAGGAUAGAGACAGGCAGGGACUCAUCAAGAGGAACCUGUUGGACGCCCCGCUUAAGGACACCGUCACCGUGCCCGACGGGGGGUACACUAUUGUCAGAUUCGUGGCGUCAAACCCAG